AUGAACAACGGCAAAACCUACACCUAUUUCUCUUCGCUCCCUCACGUCCUUCCGCACAAAUACGACUAUGUCAUGAAGGCGGACGACGAUGUUUUCAUUAGGCUCGAGCCACUUGCCUUGUCCCUCAAACCAUUGCCUAGGGUGGACUUGUACUACGGAUUUGUAAUCCCAUGUGCUAGCAUGAACCCAUUUGUGGAGUACAUGUCCGGUAUGGGAUUUUUGUUGUCCUGGGAUUUGGUUGAAUGGAUUGGAGAAUCUGACAUUCCUAGAAAGGAGAUGUUUGGUCCCGAGGAUAAGAUGGUGGGAAAAUGGUUGAAGAUGGGAAGAAAGGCAAAGAACAGGUUUUCCAAUAAGCCAGCAAUGUAUGAUUAUCCAGGAACAAAUGGGAAGUGCUCACAUGAGCUUAUACCAGAAACUGUGGCUGUUCACAGGCUCAAGAGAUGGGAUCGUUGGUCGCACGUGCUUGAAUUUUUCAAUGUAACCAAACAAGUACUCUAA